UCCUCGUGAAGAAAAACAGCCGUUGGAGCAUUUUCCUCCUCACUGUGCUCUACCUCCUUGUACUACCAGUAAGCGGCCAUAUGUAAUUUGACCCAAUUCAUUCAUUCAUUCACUUUUCCACGUUGUUUCUGUUAUCUUACUGAGCUUUGGUGUUUUAGCAUAGAAAGCAACAUUUUCUGCUAAGCUCCGUGACUCCCUCCGACGUUCCUCGGUGUAUGCCUCGGUGAGUGUCCGUAGCAGGCUGGGUGGUGACAGCAUAAUGAUCGAGCGACCAGAGACUGCUGUUCCGAGCAUCGCUCAGCGGAACUUGGAGGGGUAUGUGGGCUUCGCCAAUCUCCCCAACCAGGUGUAUCGGAAGUCGGUCAAGAGAGGGUUCGAGUUUACAUUAAUGGUUGUUGGUGAAUCUGGUCUCGGUAAGUCCACUCUCAUCAACUCUCUGUUCCUGACUGACCUGUACUCCAAGGAUUACCCAGGACCAUCGCAGCGCAUAAAGAAGACUGUACAGGUAGAGCAGUCUAAAGUUUUGAUCAAGGAAGGCGGUGUCCAGCUGACACUAACCAUCGUGGACACGCCAGGCUUUGGAGAUGCGGUGGACAACAGCAAUUGCUGGCAGCCCGUCAUAAAUUAUAUCGACAGCAAGUUUGAGGACUUCCUGAACGCUGAGUCGAGGGUGAACCGUAGAUCCAUGCCGGAUAACAGAGUUCACUGCUGCCUGUAUUUCAUAGCGCCUUCUGGACAUGGUUUAAAACCUCUGGAUAUUGAAUUCAUGAAGAGGCUCCACGACAAAGUCAACGUCAUUCCUCUUAUUGCAAAAGCAGACACACUGACCCCCGAAGAGUGUCAACUGUUUAAAAAGCAGAUCAUGAAAGAGAUUCAGGAGCACAAAAUAAAGAUUUAUGAGUUCCCCGACACUGAGGACGACGAGGACAACAAACUCAUCCGAAAGAUCAAGGAGAAGAUGCCUUUGGCUGUGGUUGGCAGCAAUGUGGUUGUAGAGGUGAACGGCAAGAAGGUCAGAGGUCGCCAGUACCCGUGGGGCGUGGCAGAAGUGGAGAAUGGAGAGCACUGCGACUUCACGGUUCUGCGCAACAUGCUGAUCCGGACCCACAUGCAGGACCUGAAGGACGUCACCAACAACGUCCACUAUGAGAACUACCGCAGUAAGAAACUGGCCGCCGUCACCUGUAACGGGGUGGACACCUCAAAGGCCAAGGGACAGCUCACAAAAAGUCCUCUGGCUCAGAUGGAGGAGGAGCGCAGGGAGCACGUGAUGAAGAUGAAGAAGAUGGAGGCAGAGAUGGAGCAGGUCUUCGAAAUGAAGGUUAAGGAGAAGAAGCAGAAGCUGAAGGAUUCAGAGGCUGAGCUGGAGAGGCGCCACGAGCAGAUGAGGAGGAACCUGGAGGCGCAGUACAAAGAGCUGGAGGAGAAGAGGCGAGUGUUUGAGGACGAGAAGGCCAACUGGGAAGCUCAGCAAAGAAUCCUGGAGCAGCAGAAACUGGACGCCUCCAAGACAAUGGAGAAGAACAAGAAGAAAGGAAAAAUCUUUUAAAAGCCCGAGUCGACCUCCCUGUUUGGUUUCAAACUUUCUCCUCUCCAUCUCCUCUGAAGUCUUCGUGUCAUGUGGGCCUGAGACCGCACACUCAGUCAGAAAUCAGCUUCAACCUCCUCAUAUCACACGACACACACGCCGACUUGUCUCUGCGGCGCUUCUGGUUCUCAUGAGGAAUGAGAACCAGAAGCCUGAGCUUUUCCAUUUUCCUGUAUUUCUAGACAAAGAGGGGACUUCCUCGGAGUUGACACGUGGCAGGGACCGUGCAUAGCCAUUUGUAAACAUGUAGUUGUUCGUAGGUCUGCAGAUAAGCGAAUGGUUUCUUCUAACCGUUAUGAAUUUGACACCUUAAACCCUCGCUGAGCGAUUUGCAGCGAGGUCGGAUAGAUGUAGCUCAGAGAAAUGCUCCCAUCAGGACCUGCUUCCUCCAGCUGCAGACAGACCAAGUUAGCCAAGAUGUUUAACCUUCAGCUGCUGUCGGCUAUUGCAACAUCUCCAUCUGACUCAGGAUUUUACUUCUUUCAAAGAAAAGAGUAACUAAAACUAGGAAAAUAUGAUUCUAUAACAGUAUCUGAGUUUUAAAACGUAUGUUGGCAAAAUGUUCCUCCAAAAUAACCAUUUUUGUAUUUUCUUGUUAAAAAUGUCUUCUGUUAACAGACGCAAAGAUCACAUUUAAAUGAAAUAUAAUGUCCUCGUAUUUAGCAUUUUUGUCCAGUUAACCAGUUUAAAUCGAAAUGUUUUUCUUUUUAUAUGAUGAAUUUCACAUUUUUAAAUCUAUAAAUUUAAGGAUUGCAUACUUGUAUACAUUUUUUUUUUUUUCCCCAUAAUAAAACGGCAUGAUGAAUUUGUGCUACGUUUUUAUCAACGCAUUUCAAAUUUAAACCGGUUUCUAUAAAUAAUCAGGUGUGAAGUUGUGGGUUCUGGCAGGUCGGGGUGUUUCGACAUGAUUCACUGUGCGGUGGCAGGUCUGUGUUAUUUUAUCAAAUACUCAAUAACAUAGAGAUUUUUGUUCACCUGAAACAAAACAAAGACGGGCGCGUUCUUCUGCUCGCAUAUAUUUUUACUUCCAUCUGUUUAAGACGUUAUGCAAAAGACAAAUUGGUGUGAAAUCUCUCCUUGUCGCAGUAAAUAGAAAUGUUUUUAAUAUCGUGGUGUAUGUGUGUGACGGUUGUCGUCAUAGACCUCGAACCUUCAUCUCCAGAAUUUGGCCAAAUUACAAAAUUUAUCUUUAUGACCAUUUAAAGAAACUUGAACCAAAGUGUUCUUUUUUUUUUUUUUUUUU